AUGCCGACCAUCAAGCUCACCUACUUCAACAUCGAGGCCGCGGCCGAGAAGGCCCGCCUGGCCCUGGCGAUGACCGGGACGCCCUUCGAGGAUGCUCGCAUUACCUUUGAAGAGUGGGGCGCCCUCAAGCCGACCACGCCCUAUGGUCAGCUUCCGAUCAUGGAGGUCACCGAGGACGAUGGCUCCAAGAAGGUCUUCGCCCAGAGCGUAGCCAUGAUGCGGUAUGUCGCCCGCAGGUUCGACAAGGCAGGAACCCUCUAUCCCACCGAUGCCGAUGCUUCCCUCGAGAUCGAGGAAAUCCUCGGCUUGUCUGAUGACAUGGCCCGUGACUGGACUCCCGCGCUCUACAUGGGCAUGGGUCGCCACAUGAAGUUUGGCCAUCCAGAGGACUUUCCGGCAAAGGCCGACACCGUCAAAGCUAUGCGCGAGCGAUUCAUCGCCGAGGACCUGCCAAAGUGGAUGGGGUUCUUGUCAGCCAAGCUCGACAAGACAGGGGCAUUCCUUGCUGGCCCAAACGUGACUAUCGCCGACCUCCAGGUCCUUGCACAGCUGCGCUACUAUACCAAGGGGGUUGCAGAUCACGUGCCGAAGGAUUGCCUCGAGGCUUUUCCGAAGAUCACCGCUUGGAUGGCGAAGAUGUACGAGGUGCCCGAGAUUAAGAAGUGGUACGGCCUCUGA